AUGUCAAGAUACGGCAAGUUCGAUGACUUUUGUCGGGACUCUGGAAACAGCUGGUCAACUCUGCCGGUUUGUUAUCUCUUCAACCCAGCUUCGACAAUAGACAACAACGGAUGGCAAGAUGGCUGCACCCUGCAAGGCUUCCCUGUGGGUGGAGGUGACCGGCUGCACAAUUUGGGAUCCAUAAUCAUCUGCGGCAUUGCAAUCCUCACCACCCUGUUCCUGCUAUGGAGAUCGCAAAGAAAGAAGGCUGCUGUAGGACGAAGAGAAAUGCAGCUCUUCCUCCUCGGCUACAUCGUCAUAUCCAUCUGCGAAAUCUUUACUAUUGGCGGAUUCCCCCUCAACAGCACUGUGCGCAUUGUCUUUGUCGCUAUCCACAUCGCUGCCAUCACCGCCACGUCCUGGAUCCUCAUGCUCAACGGCGCCGUUGGCUACCAACUACUUGACGACGGCACGGCAGUAUCCAUCGGUCUCCUCUUAAUCUCGUCACUUGUCAUCUUCAUCGGAACCGGUUAUAUCGCCCUCGAUACUGGACUCAACUGGACGGGUUACUGGGAGGACACUCGCUUUGUACCAAACCAAGCCUACGCGCUGUACACCCUCUACCAACUCGUACCACUAGUCUUCAUCGUCAUCUUCUUCUGUCUGGAGGCCUUCCUGGUGCUGCGCAUUCUCGGCGAGCGCAAGCCAAUGCUAUAUCUGCUUGCCGCUGCUCUCCUCUUCGCCAUUGGCCAAAUCUUCCAAUAUGUCAUCAGCGUCCACAUCUGCAACGGCACCGACGGCAAGAUCAACGGAGGUCUCUUCUCAACCCUCUUCACCCUCCUAUCAGUAGUAAUGAUUUGGGUGUUCUGGUCGAGCAUCACCGAAGACGACUGGCCUAUGCCAACCGUCGCUGGUUCAGGCGCGUAUAAUUAA